GAAGCAGGCAAUGCCAAGACAAGCUGUGUAUUUGUGCUGCAUUGCAGUCAAGCACCUUUGGCCUCUCGUGUCUUCAUUACUCGCCAGAAACUCCAGAUGGCGCUGUCUUGGAGCUCUUUAAAGCAGGAUUGAGUUGUGGACUUGAGCCUAACAGAAGGAUUUCACCCAUCCUCUCCUCCUCCCGGGUCCGCGCAGUGAUUCAUGCUUUUUCCCGGAUAAUUUGUGCGCGUCACGGAGUCCUUCCCACAAAGUUGGAAAACAGCGGAGCGUCCGUGAACGUGAACGGACACAAGACACGAGUGCCGCGUCUGGAAGAUCAAAUAUGCUGAAGACAGGAUGGAUCCCUUACUUGAUCUGAGCUCUGUGAGACUCCAGACCUCUGCUCUCCCUUACCCCACACGCCCACCCCGCCCCUGGGCGCCUGACCCCGCCCCUUUGACCUCCCCCUGUAAGCAUCAGUAGACUUCUCACACUUCACACAGGACACAAGUGAGCACUUCUCGUGUAAAUAUGACUGGAUGGAGAUCUCAUUGGCGUCUGUUCCUGCUCAACUUGCUGACGUGUGGUCUGGAGAUCUGCGUGGCUGCCGGCAUCACCUACGUGCCCCCUUUACUGCUUAAGGCCGGUGUGGAGGAACAGUACAUGACGAUGGUCCUAGGUAUUGGACCCGUCCUGGGCCUUCUCUUCAUCCCCCUGAUAGGAUCGGCCAGUGAUCAGUGCAACAGCAGCUACGGCCGCCGACGUCCCUUCAUCUGGCUGCUGUCGCUAGGAGUCCUCCUAGCUCUGCUUAUCAUCCCGCAUGCUGACUUGUUGGCCGCCCAUCUCAGUUGGGGCAGUACCCACAGCAACCAGGCUCUCCAGGUGGGCCUGCUCAUUUUCGGCGUUGGCCUGUUGGACUUCUGCGGUCAGGUGUGCUUUACUCCCCUCGAGGCGUUGCUCUCAGACCUGUAUCGCGAUCGGGAGGACUGCGGACAGGCUUUUGCAAUGUUCUCCUUCAUGGUAAGUCUGGGAGGCUGCGUGGGCUACCUGUUACCCGCUCUAGACUGGAGCAACGGGCUUCUCUCAAGCUACCUGGGCGGCCAAGCAGAGUGUUUGUUCUCCCUCCUCAUCCUCAUCUUCGUGGUCAGCCUGCUGGUCACCAUGAAGGUUUCCGAGGAACAUUGCGGUACGUCAAACAUGGAACCUGGGCCGCUGGAGUCGGGACGGUGUUUUCCACGUUCGUGCUGUAACUUGUUUCAGUGUAAGCUGCGGUCGUUGAAGUCCGGCCCUCUGAUGUGCCUUCUGAGGACUUGCUGGUCCAUGACGCCGGCCAUUUACAGCAGUUACUGCCACGUGCCGCGUGUCAUGAGACAGCUGUGCUUGGCACAGCUUUGCAGCUGGAUGGGCGUCAUGUCUUUCAUGCUCUUCUACACGGAUUUUGUUGGCGAGGGACUCUAUGAGGGGGUUCCCAGUGCCGCUCCUGGCACCGAUCUCAGGCAGCGCUAUGAUGAAGGCAUACGCAUGGGCAGCCUCGGCUUGUUUCUGCAGUGUGCUACCUCAACCUUCUUCUCGCUGAUCAUGAGUCGGCUGGUGCGUCUCUUCGGGUCUAGGACUGUCUAUCUGAGCAGCAUGGUGUGUUUUACCGUAUCCGCUUUGGUCAUCUGUCUGUCCAAGAGUGUGCCGGUGGUCACGGCCAUGUCGGCCCUCACUGGCUUUGCCUAUGCAACGCUGCAGACACUGCCUUAUACACUCACGUGCCAUUAUCAUAAAGAGAAAGAGGUGUACAUGCAAAACACCCAAACCAAAAAACAGCACAAAUACGGUUUUACCAUCACAAGGGAUUCUGUGUGUUUGACUUUAGACAAUGAGGAUGGAGAGCUCACACACAAGAGUGGCAUUUCUAACGGGCAUGCUUAUUACAGCAAUGACAAACAAAAAUAUCCUACACCUCUGCACGUUCAGAAUUGUACACCUGUCGCUCUGGAGCCUGAGGAUUUUGAGAAACGUGGCGUUGGACUGGACUUCGCCAUUUUGGAUAGCACCUUUCUUCUUUCUCAAGUCUUUCCUACUUUCUUCAUGGGCAUGAUUGUUCAGUUCACAGAGUCUGUCACUGCGUAUAUCGCUUCUUCUGCCAUCUUCGGUGCCAUCGGCAUCUAUUUUGCCACCAGCAUCAUCUUUGACCAAAAGGACCUCUGAUCUUGGAUAAUGGAAUGAUCAUGUGUUUGGUCACCUGAAGGAAUUAAGGUCUCCGUUAUUCUUUUCUCUCUCAUAGAUUUGUAUGGGAAUGAAUUGUGCAGGAGCAGUCUAGACAGACAGGGACCAAUGGAUACAUCAGACUGCACCUGAUGGUGCAAUUCCUCUUAUGUUGUAAAAAGAACUAUUUUAUUGUUUAAACAUAUAUUUUUAUAUUAAUAAUAUAUUGAUAUAUUGAUAUCCCUAUGGGAAUUUUUAUUCAACCCAUUUUGGUGAGGUCGCCUUUAUUUAUGUAGUAAUUAUAACCUCAACUGUCUUGUCAAACAAGUCUUAAGUUUUGUUUUUAACCGUAAAUGUUGCUCGGUCAGUAUCAAGGAUUUUACAUUAUAGCUAUGUAGAAAAUGUGUUCAAAUAGUGUUCGAAAUGACAAUCUGGAAUAUUUUUGCAUUUGACUUUAUACAUGAUAUUAGCAGCCUAUUCUGUUGUUUUCUGUUUGUUACAAACCAUCAGGUCGACAAUAUUACAUUGAUAUUUCUGUGGUGUUACAGACGUAUAGUAGGCAACUGAAAUUGUACAAAACUGUAACAGAUUUCAUGUCCUUAGUAAUGUAUCUGUAAGAACACUCACUAUUAGUCAGGGAAUGUGUUCAUGUAGUUUUAUUUCUUGGAGAUUCUCAGGAUGGACUUAACAUUCAUCAGUCCAAGCAAAGCACAAUGUACUAAUAAAAAGGA